AUGAUUCUGACAGAAGCGCGUGACAGAAGCGCCAAGAAGCUGCAGGCUGUUGUCGAUGAGUUGAACGCGUUGAGCCCAGGACGAAAGCAACCCGACAUUGAAACUUGCGAGAUCAACGAAGACCAGCUGAACGACCUAGCGAAGAAGACCAAGCUCAUAAUAAGCACCGUUGGACCCUUUAUGUUCUAUGGCGAACCUGUUAUGGCGGCAUGCAUAAAUAAUGGCACGCACUACCUCGACAGCACGGGAGAGGUACCCUGGGUCUACGACAUGAUCGCCAAAUACGACACACUUGCAAAGAAGAACAACAGCAUCGUCAUUCCCCAAUGCGGUCUCGAUUCUGUUCCAGCUGACAUCAUGGCGUAUGUUCUCGCAAAGGAAGUACGCAAGCGUUACAACGCCGCCUGCGAGAGAGUUAUCAUGACCCUCUACGACUUCAAGAGCGGUAUCAGUGGAGGCACCAGCCUUACGAUGUUGGAGCUCUUCAACAAUUAUUCGCUUGGCCAUCUGGCCAAAUCCAUGCACCCUUACUCACUCUCGCCUGUCAAAUCCGACAACACCGUUGGCACUCCCGCGGGAAGCUUCCCACAUAACCUGCUCGGACUACUCUCUGUGCCUGAACUGGGAGGCUUGCAGACUGUAGGACUUAUGGCUUCGGUCGACGAGUGUAUCACUCAUCGCUCCUGGGGCUUGUACUCUCAAGCUGCACAAUCGACAAACGAUGCUUCAGUCUCGUACGGUCCACGCUUCCGCUUUAAUGAGUAUAUGCGCGCCGGCGGUGUUGUCAGUGCGCUGCUCGUUAAACUUGCUCUCGGCUCCGUAGGACUCUUCCUGGCGCUCCCACCAACACGAUGGAUCCUCGCCCCUCUAAUGAAGAAGUUUCUCAUCCCAGCGCCAGGCGAAGGGCCAAGUAAAGAGAAGAUGAAGAAGGAUUUCAUGAACUACCGCGGCGUCGGCGUCGCUGAAGACGGAAAAGGCAAAGUCACUGCUAAGAUUGACAUCGCGCACGGUGGCUAUGUCGCGACGGGAAUGACGUUGAGUGCUGCUGCGAAGGUCAUUCUGAGAGGCAGAUUGGAGGACACUGAAGCUGGAAGGUGUGGUGGUGGCAUUCUGACGCCGGCGACUCUGGGCGAUGAAUAUGUCAAGACGCUCGACGACUUCGGCGUCAAGAUCAACAUCGACAACUAA